CCCGCCCCUGGGCGAGCCAUGGGAGGCAAGCAGAGCACGGCGGGCCGGUCUCGGGGCCCUUUCCCGGGCGUCUCCAGCGAUGACAGCGCCGUGCCCCCGCCCGGAGGGGCGCCCCACUUCGGGCACUACCGGGCGGGCGGUGGCGGGGCCAUGGGGCUGCGCAGCCGCUCGGUCAGCUCGGUGGCGGGCAUGGGCAUGGACCCCAGCACGGCCGGAGGGGUGCCCUUCGGCCUCUACACCCCCGCGCCCCGGGGCCCCGGCGACCCGGAGAGGGCCCCCGGCGGCGGCGGCGGGUCGGCGUCCGAGUCCUCCACCACCACCACCUAUGCCCACGGCAAUGGGUACCCGGAGACGGGCGGCGGUCACCAUAGAGACGGGAUGCUCUACCUGGGCUCCCGGUCCUCGCUGGCGGAUGCUCUACCUCUGCACAUCGCGCCCAGGUGGUUCAGCUCGCACAGCGGUUUCAAGUGCCCCAUUUGCUCCAAGUCUGUGGCUUCUGAUGAGAUGGAAAUGCACUUUAUAAUGUGUCUGAGCAAACCUCGCCUCUCCUACAAUGAUGAUGUGCUGACUAAGGAUGCAGGGGAGUGCGUGAUCUGCCUGGAAGAGCUGCUGCAAGGAGACACAAUAGCCCGGCUGCCCUGCCUGUGCAUCUACCACAAAAGUUGCAUAGACUCGUGGUUCGAGGUGAACAGAUCUUGUCCAGAGCACCCCGCGGACUGACCGUGCUGGGCCUGCUGACUCCUCUCAAAGGGACAGCCAACCCUGUGCCUAAGAGGAUCGCCGGACGCUGGGGCAGCGCUGUGUUGGGGACCCCGGUGGGGCCGGUCCCUUCAUCACGGACUCCAGAGAACGGGUCUCCCUUUCUCCCCGAGGACACCACGCCGGAGGAGAGCAAGCUGGCAAGAAGAAAGAAGCAGCCGCCGCUGCCCUGCCCCUGUCCCCGGCGGGCGGGGCAUUUUCCUUCCACCUCCAACAGGCAUUGUGGGGUCUGUCUCUGAAGUGUUUACCAAAAAAAUUACACACACAAAAAAAGGCUAGUGUCGACUGGUGUUUUCGUGGUGUUCACAGAUGGCGCCCAUGCCCGGCUCAGACCCACCCCUUGACUGAGACCAGCAGAGCCGGGGUCCCGCCGCCGCCCGUCCAGAUGGCCUGGCGCCCGCCUCAGCCCUCUCCGUCACCCACCGAUCGGCCCCGGGCAUCCCCCACUCCUCUCUUUCUGGCUUGGUUUUGCACUUUCCUCCCUGAUACUUUUGACUUCAUUACCCGGGGGAAAAAAAAGACACCGAGAAUUUAUCCCACCCCUCCCAACUCUCUCCUCUUCCUUACAGUCAGUUCCAAGGACUUCACACUCACAAGUGUCCUGCAAAAAUGCCUGAACAUUUUUCUUAGACCCUUGUGGAUCUUUGUUUUCCAGAAACUGAAACAAAAAAGACUUACUCUUAAAGGAACAUGUACAGCCACCCUUGUUUUCAGGCACUCUCAGUUUGAGAACAUUUCAGCCAUCAAUGUGCACACCUGGCAUCGGCCCGUGCGAGAUAGGUUUCUGUAUUUAUAUACUCAAACUCACAAAAGAAACCUGAUCUGAUGUUUAAAAUGAUGUUCAAAGCCUAGGGGAAAAGCUUUCUUCAUUAGUCAAGGUGUUUUGAUAUGGUAUUAAAAUAAUGUCUAAUAAAAGA